AGUGGCUGCAGGUUACUUAAUCAGUAACUCUGCAGAGUUUUUCCCCCCAAGCGUGUGUGUCUGUGUGUGUGUGUUUGUAGGGUAUGGGAAGUGUGGGGUGUGUGUAUGAGUGUUAGGGGGUGACCGGGUGAGUGUGUGCAUGUUCUUGUGCCUCUGCAAUGGAUUGACAGCAGAAUCUGUGUGCCCCAUUGCAACACAGAACCUCUCUCUCUCUCUCUCUCUCUCUCUACUUCACCCUUUCUUGAUCUCUAUUCAGCCUCUCUCUUUCUUGCUCUCUCUCUCCUCUCUCUCUCCUCUUGGUCUUGUCUCACGGGUGAAUGGAUAAUGCGGGGAUUCCGGAGGCUACGGGAGUGCCACUGGGCACCGAGCAGCUCACAGAGGAAACAGCAGCCAGCAGGAAACUGUUCCGAUACGACUGGCUAAGACGCACAUUGCCCCUGGUCUACAGAGAGGAGCUCUACCACGUCCUACGCCUGUCUGGGCCUCUGCUCAUCUCUCGCAUCCUAAACUUCCUCCUGUCCUUCGUCAUCACCAUAGCGUGUGGUCACCUUGGAAACUCAGAGUUGGCUGGAUAUGCUUUGGCCUCAGCGACUAUCAAUUCGACCGUAGCAGCUACAGGCAUGGGCCUGGCUGUGGCCUGUGACACACUCGUCUCCCAGACCUUUGGCAGUAAGAACCUGAAGCGAGUGGGGGAGAUCCUCCAGCGCAGCACGCUGAUUCUGCUGAUCUUCUGCCUGCCUUGCUGGGGCUUCCUCAUCAACGCAGAGACCAUCCUGCUGGCCCUGGGGCAGAAGCCAGAGGUGGCCAGAAUCGCACAGCUGUAUGUCACAGCCUUCAUGCCUGCUGUUCCGGCCAUAUUCAUUCAUCAACUACAGGUGUCUUACCUUCAGAAUCAGGGCAUUAUUUUGCCCCAGAUGUACACGGCUGCUGUUGCAAAUGUCAUCAACCUUGCCAUCAACUAUAUCCUCAUAUACAAGAUGGACCUGGGAGUAACCGGCUCUGCUGUAGCCUACAGUUUGUCCAAUAUCAUGCUGUGUCUUCUCUUGUUUGGUUACAUCCGUUGGAAGAAGCUCCAUACAAAGACAUGGGGAGGCUGGUCCACUGGAUCUCUUCAGGAGUGGGGGCCCUUCAUGCAGCUGGCCAUCCCCAGCACCCUCAUGGUCUGCUUUGAGUGGUGGAUCUAUGAGGCUGGAGGAUUCCUUGCAGGGAUGCUGGGGGAGGUGGACCUGUCAGCCCAGCAUGUGCUGCUGGAACUGGGGACCAUCUCAUACAUGUUUCCUCUGGGAGUUCAUGGUGCCGCUUGUGUGCGUGUGGGGAACGCACUUGGGGCAGGGAACAAGGCCAGGGCCCUGAUCACAUGUAAAGUUGCUCUAGCGCUUACUUGUGUGCAGGCUCUGUUUCAGAUGAUUUUUUAUGCUUCAACCAGAUCAGUCAUUGGCUACAUCUUCACCAGUGAUGAGAAAAUAAUACAGAUUAUCGACAAAAAUAUGUCACUGUACAUACCCCAACAGCUCUUCGAUGGACUUGCGUGUGUGUGCUCUGGGAUCCUGGUGGGUGCAGGGAAGCAGAAGAUUGCUGCCGUGUCCAACCUCAUUUCUUACUACUGCAUUGGGCUGCCGUUGGGCUACUACCUCACGUUCAACGCUGGCCUCAGGACAUUCGGUCUGUGGCUUGGCCUUUUAAUUUGUGUCAGCCUGCAAACCUGCUUCUUCAUCACCCUCAUCUUUAAACUGGACUGGACCAAAAUGGCUGAGGAGGCUCAGAAGCGUGCUGGGAAGACUGGGGCGGUGGCGUGUGUGGGGAAGAAGCCUUCCAUCGGCCACGCUGUGCUGGACACCACGGUGCCAGAGGGGUCAGAGGGCACGGAGAUGAGCACUGAAGCUGAGCCAAUGGCUGCCGCUGCAAGCACCUGCCCUAAGGAGAAUGGCUACGCGGCAGUCAGCACUGAAGACAAAGGCCGCUCAGAGAGCAGAGAGGACGGAGGGGAGAAGCAGAAGCCACCAUCGCGGUGGCUCUCUAAUACGCAGCUACUGCUGCGCCGAGGACUGGCCUUGCUAGUGGCCAUUUUGGCUCUAGCCGUGGGGGUGACGCUCCACCUACGCUACCCACCAGUGCUGCUGCACAGCAAGCCAGCAAACUGGACGCUGGAGUGGGUCAACAGCACCGUCAUCCCAACCACUUUCCUCAAUUCCACUUCUCCCUUCUGAGAGACAGGGAUGAGCAUCAUCUAUCUAUCUAGUCAAACUCUGGGAGGACUAGGGCUGAACGAUUAUGGAAAAUAAUCUAAUUGUGAUUUUUCUCACCAAUAUUGCAAUUGCGAUGCGAUAUGUAAUUCUUUUUUAAGGUCUUUGUCUACUGUAUUAUUAUUAUUAU